CCUAAGCAGACGCAUUAUUCACUUCCUUCACAUUCAUAAAUAUUCAUUUUUAUCCCUAAGGCUCUACUCUCGUUGACUUCAUAAACACAAAUCGAUCAUCAUGUCUUCUUUUGAAAAAAAGUUUGAUCACCUGAAAAUGUCUCUGAGAGACAUACAAUCCGCUACCAAACAUUUUGCUGAUGAAAAUAUAGUCGGACAAGAUGGAUUUGGAAACCAGUACAAGGGGCAACUACUCUUAAGCUCCGGCCAAUUGAUUGAUAUUCUUGCACGGCGGUUAGAUCGUCGGUAUGGGCAAGGAACCAAAGAGUUUCAGACGGAGAUAAUGAUGCUGGCUAGUCUGAAGCAUCCAAAUCUGGUCUCUAUUGUUGGGUUUUGUGAUGAGAAGAUCAUCAUAAACAAGUAUGAGGCCAAGGGAAGCCUUGCCCAAUACCUAAGUGACCCAGUUACAUGGACUCAAAGAUUGCAGAUCUGUAUUGGUAUUGGACGUGCCCUCAGUUACAUUCACUAUGACAAAAAAACGCAGUUUUAGCGUUAUACAUCGUAAUGUUAAAAGUUCUUGUUAGAAAAAUAAACCGAGAUUUACAGGAUCAUCAGCCUAUCAUCACCUCCUUUUUUUAUAAUAUUGUGUUUCUUUUUAAACUUAUUUGAUUUCCUUGUACUCUAAAGGAGCCGUUGCUUUUAGUCUGUAUAUUUAGGGUGGCUCCCAAGUUGUAAGAUUAUCACAGAAAUAAAGAACCACAUUCAUUCAAUAGAAAUAAACUCAUUCUUGGUUUCUUUCCGGCUGAUUAACGUUUAACAUGGUAUUAGAGCGGGAAUAAAUCCUCGCUUUCAUCAUUUACCCGAAAAAAAAACGGAUUACUGCCAUGCCGGAUUCCGACGGUAAUAAUAUUUCUUUACAGAUUGCCAACCUUUUGAAGGAAGGUUUGAAUCAAACCAACACAUCCACAAAACAUAGCGUUUCCGACAGCCUCCGUAUCAAUAUCCAACUCAAUAGCCAGAACUUCGGGCUAUGGUCUCAUAUGAUACGGGCGGCUAUUGGUGGGAAGUCAAAAAACCUUCUUUACCAUCUCGAUUCGAAACCACCUGAAAGCACGGAUGCUCGAUACGACAGUUGGGAACAAGACGAUUUGAUUGUAUUCUCGUGGCUGAUUCAAAACAUCGAACCAGCAAUCGCGAGUAACCUUACAGAAUUUCCCACAUCUAAAACCUUGUGGGAAGCUCUGCAAACCACAUACAGCAGUGGGAAAGACAAGCUACAGAUUUUCGACCUUCACGUCAAAGCAAACAGCUUAAAGCAAAAAGAAGUGCCGGUCGAAGAUCUCUGGAUUAACUUACAAGGGAUCUGGGGGGAGAUUGACAGAAGAGAGCCAAACCCGAUGACCUGCACUACCGAUAUAAACACGUACAAUAGGCUGCGAUCUGAACAGAAACUAUUCCAGUUUCUAAAUGCCCUUGAUCAUCGAUUUGACACCGUGAAACGUGAGAUUCUCCGGGGUGAACCUCUUCCAACCGCGGAACCCGCAUAUGCUACCAUCCGGAAGGAAACGACCCACCAAAUAAUCCUUGGAGCCGGGACCUCCGAAACUCAGAUCCAUGGAAUCGCAUCUGGGUUAGCCACCACCAAUCUGCAACAAACUGAUGGUCUAGGGCUAAUCUCCAAAGGGAACUGCCGAUCGGAAAAAACCACCGGAAACAAAAAUGAUCCAAAGGCAAAAUUAAAGUGUGAUCAUUGUGGAAAACCUCGCCAUACUAAAGAUCAGUGUUUCCAUCUGGUAGGCUAUCCGGAUUGGUGGGAGAUUGGACCCAAGAGAAACAAUAAGGACGAAGGGAAACGCGACACCUCCACUACCGGCCAAGGCAGUAACGCCGGCGGCCGUGAAGGAUUUGGGGGAGUUGUGUCCGGCGACAACAAGGAAAAUACGAGCGACGGCCAUGGCAGUCAGAAAAACCCUCUCUCUCAUGAAGAUGACAAAGACCGUAACAUAGGAGAUCAGGACGGGGAGGAUUAUUGGGCGUGGCACUGAGCGUCAAGGCCUGUAUUAUGUGGAUGAGGUGUCCCAUGAUGGAGUGGCAAUGUUGGCUCUUGGAAGUGUGGAUCGCGAAGUAUGGCUAUGGCAUCGAGGUCUAGGACAUCCCUCAGACGGCUAUUUAAGAUUAUUAUUUCCAAAUUUUUUUCCUUUACAUCAAACUUUAAAUUGUGAAACUUGCAUUUUAGCUAA